CCACUCGAGCCGUUUAGGGGAGCAGUAACUCCCGCUUUAUAGACAAUGACGGGAGGCAGGAACUUUACGGCGCCAGAAGUGUCCGAGGCGCAGCGAGCCCACAACAACCUGAUGAUGGUGGUGGCGACCUUGACCUGGCUGCUGCUCAGCUUCAUAACCCUCCUGAUCUACUGCUGCAACUACUGGCAGGUCCUGCGGCCGCACAGGCGUCUCCGGAGCGAGGAGUCCGAGAUGCAGCAGCAGAGCUCUCUGCUUCGCGUCUCCGUCGACGACUAGCCAGAUCCCUUCGGAGGAGGACCGGAGGAGGAGUCCGAGCCAGCAGCUGUCGGCGAUCAGCCAGGGCCCUGACACUGGCCAUAUGCCCUUGCCAGCAGCAGCAGCAGCAGCUUCCAUUUCCAUCUUCCAUUUCCAUUUCCGCUUCCGCCGAGUUAAUUCCACACGACAACAGCCAAACAAAAGCGAAAAAAUAGAACAAGGAGCCUCCAUGUGUUGCUGCUUCCUUUUCUGCUGUUUAGUUUACAUUUUGCUCUCGCCUUCCCCGCUUUCCUCCUUGGCCGAAAAUUCUUUAUUUCCCGGCUGCCUGGCAGCCUGUCAGCCCGGCAACCGUCCUGAGAUACUUGCCGCUGCUGCCGGGAAAGUGAAAAGCAUCUUUUAUGCAAAUUUCAGCAGGUGGGCAGUGGGUGGGAGCAGGUGGCGGGAGUAGAAGGCCGGGGCCGACAUGACUUCCGCUCCUUAACUGGCUUAAUGUUGCCGGGAGGCAGGGCGGGUCAAAGGAAAGAGUUCCGUCGAAAGAGAAUCCCGAAAAAUGUGAAAAAUUAUUUGAUUAAAGCUGGCUCAAAGCGAG